AUGAGGCUACUGCUACGCCCUGUGAGCAGCGGAAACUGCAUUUUGUUAAUGCAGCAACCGUACGAGACGAGCAGGAAGAUCUUCUUGAAGGUUCAUCUCAACAAAGUGAAAUGCGGUCAAAUAAUACUGGAUGGUCAUGACACGUUGAAAUGCAAGUUAUGCGAGGAUUUCAACUUUACAAGACAAGACGUGGCCGAACGUCAUGUUAUUGAACAACAUAGUGGGUUUGCCUGGAAAUGCAGAAGCUGCAAGAAGAUCUGGUCCUGGAAAUGCGCGCAUAAUGACAGAUUAUGUGUCAAUCGAGACUUAAUAUUAUUUGAAAGGGCAACAGGCAUUUCAGGAGAAAAUACAGAGGUGUCUUUUGAAAAGUACAAAAAAGAAACAUUACCAACAUUAAUAACUGGUUUGGAAGGGAAUAGUGUUCUACAAAGUUUUACAGUCAAAGAAAGAGCGAGUGUCUCAGAGCCAGCGUCUAAACGAGUGAGAUCAGCGUCACCUGUUGAGGAUCGCCAUCCAGGAAAGCCAGUGAGAUCAGCGUCACCUGUUGAGGAUCGCCAUCCAGGAAAGCCAGUGAGAUCAGCGUCACCUGUUGAGGAUCGCCAUCCAGGAAAGCCAGUGAGUUCAGCGUCACCUGUUGAGGAUCGCCAUCCAGGAAAGCCAGUGAGAUCAGCGUCACCUGUUGAGGAUCGCCAUCCAGGAAAGCCAGUGAGAUCAGCGUCACCUGUUGAGGAUCGCCAUCCAGAAAAGCGAGUGAGAUCAACGUCACCUGUUGAGGAUCGCCAUCCAGGAAAGCCAGUGAGAUCAACGUCACCUGUUGAGGAUCGCCAUCCAGGAAAGCGAGUGAGAUCAACGUCACCUGUUGAGGAUCGCCAUCCAGGAAAGCGAGUGAGAUCAACGUCACCUGUUGAGGAUCGCCAUUCAGAAAAGCCAGUGAGAUCAACGUCAGCCGUUGAGGAUCGCCAUCCAGAAAAGCCAGUGAGAUCAAUGUCACCUGUUGAGGAUCGCCAUCCAGGAAAGCGAGUGAGAUCAGCGUCAUCUGUUGAGGAUUGCCAUCCAGAAAAACAAGUAAGAUCAACGUCACCUGUUGAGGAUCGCCAUCCAGGAAAGCAAGCGAGAUCAACGUCACCUGUUGAGGAUUGCCAUCCAGGAAAAAGAGUGAGAUCAACGUCACCUGUUGAGGAUCGCCAUCCAGGAAAGCACGUGAGAUCAACGUCACCUGUUGAGGAAUGCCAUCCUAGCAGCCGAGUUAGGUCACAAUCGCCACCAACAUCUCGAGUCCGAUCUCAGUCACGUUCUAAAGAUUGCCAAUCACUGGAAAGAUCAAGGUCAUGUGUGAGUUCGCACACUGAACAAGAUGCAAAGGAAACGCCAGUCAACAGUGGAGAAGAUGUACUUCAACUCAUAGUAAGGCACCACCAGAUAGAAGAGCAACGCAUGGUUUUGGAUAUUGGGGGGACCAAAUUCACAACGUCACGUCUAACUUUACAAAACUUUCCAGAUUCACUACUAGCAAUACUAUCAUCAACACCAAAGAACAACAAACCAAGAGACAGCAUUUUUUCAGACAGAGAUCCCGCCCACUUCAGACAUAUUUUAAAUUAUUACAGAAAUGAAGGCUGCUUUUCUUCCCUUCUCCCCAGAGACUACCGAUUUCUGAAAGAAUUAGCUUUAGAAGCUGCGUACUAUCGUCUGCCUGGCCUACUUGAAACUGUCAAUGGCAAAUUAUCAAUGUUUGUUCAGGAGAAAGUUGAGAUAUAAAUGUCUACAAUCUGUAAAUCUUCUCUGUUCACAGUUACAUUAUAUUUGAAUUUUUCGCAUUGUGUUCACAACUGUUCAAUGGAAGAAACAUAGCAUAAUAAUGAUGUCACUUCCCUGACGUCAUUACUUAACGUGUGUGCGGAUAUGAGCUAACAACAUACAUUUGAAAGGGAAGUUCUUCACUAGAUUUUGAACGCGCCAGUCGUUUUAUGUUUUUAAGAUGAGUCGGGUUGCCAGAAAGAAAUAUAUUGUUAGUUUUAAAUAAAUAAAAAUGUUUACUUUUAUUUAUAUGUAUUAGUGCGCUAUUUGAGUAAAUACGUAUAAUGGCAUUUUAUUACAGUUUUGGUCUGGCAGAGAUGACUAGUUAGCUGGAGAAAUGUACUCUCUCCAGGGAGGGAUUUUGUAGGAAAAGUGGAGAAACACUCUCCACUGUAGAAAUCACCACUGGAGGGCCACCAGCCUCCAAAGUUGGUGUUUAGUAACGUAGCUGGUGAUGAUUUGGAAGUUUAGUCACAGAAGAAUUAUUUAGUUUGACAUGUUCCGCCAGUGUUUGUUGAUGCUUUGUCUUCAUGGAGGAAACGUGGAGGAACUCUCCCUCUCCAAGGAGGAAUUCUGAAGGAACUUUUUUAUGUAUGCAGUUGUACAUGCCAUUAGUGUUAAUUAGUUGUUAAAGACAACUAAUUAUAUAAAUUAUAGUCAUAUUUAUACUAAUAGGAAUACAGAAGAAGAAUUAGUCGACACGUUGAUUAAAAAGAAAGAAAGAAAAAUAAAUGUAUAAAUUUUAAAAUGCAUUGAAUUACCUGUUUAUUUCCAUUUUAGUUUUUUUAUAAAGUUGAUGACUCGAGUGAACGAACCCUAAUAAUUUUGUCAGUGAACCACUCGAAGAGAGGCCCCCAUGUCGGCUCCUAUGUCGGCUACAUUUAUUUUUCUUUCUUUCUUUUUAAUCAAUGUGUCAACUAAUUUUUCUUCUUGGAAUACUGUGUUUGUAAACAUUGCAUGGCUUUUAACCACGUUACGACUUUAUUUACAAAGUGAAUCUAAUCAGAUUAUCGAUAAAACACUAAAACAACAUACAUGUAUGCACAGUUUAUGUGGCCGUUACAAUAGAUAUCAGAGAUGGGGCGAUUACUUAACAAAAGUAAUCAAUUAUGAUUACUUUAGAAUGUCACGAUUACGAUUACAAGAUAAUUGAAAGAAAUCGAUUACGAUUGUGAAUACAUUGUCUAGCAAUCAUGAUUACAUUUCCACAAGUCUACACAAUGAA